GCAUCCCUCAUAGCACUUUUCCCGGCAACACUUCUAGUGAAGAAGGUUUGCCCAGUAGCGAAGCAGGUUCUACCCUUCAUAGUUAGUGGAACUACCCCUAGUUCUACCUCAUUGGGGGCAGCCCUUUUGGUAGAGGGGAGUGAAGCGUCGCACCAUCCUAGUAUAAGUGCUUACUUGGCCUUGACGGCCUGUAUUCUCUUCCUGCUCUCCUCAGUAUUCAUCCUCUCUCGGAUGGCUAUUGUGACGUGGUGUAUGGAGUUAUGCGGCGAAGUUGAGUUCGAGAUGGGGUAUGAGAGUGAGGAGGAAGGCAAUGCUUUCGAUGAUGGAGGCAAUGGAGAGAGAGAAGUUGAUAGAGCUACGGAGGCACGGGGACAACUUACCCCUAGUGGACGUCGUGCUCGGCUUGAGAGCAUCGUAGUGUAUGAUCCAGCUGGCAUGAAGUCAAAUGCUGGUCACAUCUUCGAGAGUGCCAAUGAUAGAGGUUGA